AAACGUGAAAGGUUCCCACUUUGUAACCUAAAUAGCUUCACCGAACGGGAACCUCAAGGUUGUCUUUGUUUCCAAGGGACUUUAUUUGUAAGGAACACAGUGUUCCGUGUCGUAAGUUUGCAAAAUAGGUAAGUAACACAAGCUAAAUCCAUCCAAAACACAGCUCGUUCUUUGUGUUAAAUGAUUUGCCGUCUGUUUUUGUUGGAGCCAAUGGAGCUGUUUAGCAGCUAAUGUACGAUGUCUGGGUUGUUGUAGCAGUUUUAGCUGUUUUUAGCCCGGUUUUUAGCGGUUUUAUUUAGUUUAGCCUGGGCUCAUUUGCAAACAUGGAGCAGACUGCCAGCGUCAACGCAGAUCCUGGCCAUCGCUCAGUCACUAAUGGUCGUUGCUCUCAGUGGCGCAACUGGACUGGAUUUUGGUUCCUUGGAUUGUGCAACAACUUUGCCUAUGUGGUAAUGCUGAGCGCUGCCCAUGACAUCCUCAAAAAACAAGAGUCAGAAAAUGCCACAGCACCUACACCACCCACAGUGGCUGUGGAUUUCCAAGGCAGGAACAGUAGCAACAGUAGCCGCUAUGACUGCAAUCCUGUCUCUACUGCGGCUGUCCUGUUAGCUGACAUCCUCCCAACGCUUGUCAUCAAGCUGUUUGCUCCUUUUGUAAUCCACAACCUGCCUUAUGGUGUCAGAGUGUUGUUCUGUGUCAUCGUGGCAGCUACAAGUUUCCUCCUUGUGUCCUUAUCGACUGCCGUCUGGAUCAGCAUUCUAGGAGUGAUCUUUGCCAGUAUCAGCGCUGGACUGGGAGAACUGUCCUUCCUCUCUCUCACUGUCUUCUUCACCAGGGAUGUACUGGGAGGUUGGGGCUCGGGUACUGGUGGUGCUGGUGUUGCUGGAGCCUUCCUCUACUCAGGCUUCACCCAGAUUGGCCUGUCACCCCAGAUCACACUUCUCAUCAUGCUGGUGGUCCCAUUCGCCAUGUUGAUUAGCUAUUUCAUCCUGCUGGUUCCUCCACCUUCAUUACCUCAGUGGAGAAGCAGGGCGAUGGAGUAUACAGCUGUGGGCUCAGAGGAGAGACAGCGGCUGGUGGAUGAUUCAGAUCAAGAGCAGCAGGAGAAAUCAACCCCAACAGAUGACAGGAGCACCGGACCUCUCACCAUCACAGAGAAACUGCAUGUCAUCAGAGGUUUGCUGAAGUUCGUGUUUCCCCUGGGGCUGGUUUACUUUGCAGAGUACUUCAUCAACCAGGGCUUGAUGGAGCUCCUGUAUUUCCCAAACUUUUUCCUGUCCCACGCAGAGCAGUAUCGCUGGUACCAGACACUGUACCAGGUAGGUGUGUUGGUGUCUCGAUCCUCCCUGUGCUGUGUGAAGAUCAGGAAACUGUGGGCUCUCUCUUUGCUACAGGUGGUGAAUGCGGUGUUGCUCCUAUUUGCAGUACGUUACCAGUUCCUGCCCAGUGCCUGGCUGGUGUUUGUUAUUGUCCUCUAUGAGGGUCUGCUGGGUGGAGCUGCGUAUGUCAACACCUUCUACUUCAUCAGCAAAGAGACUGAAGACAGACAGAGGGAGUUUGCCAUGGCUGCUGCCAGUGUAGGAGACAGUCUGGGCAUAGCUCUGGCUGGAGUCGCUGCUUUCUUUGUCCACAGAUAUUUCUGUUCGCUCUGACCCCGCCCACACACUGACCAGCAGGAUGAAUAAGAGAGACGUGGGUGUCUUCCAUUUAAGGGAUGUUUUUUGAUCGGAAAUGAAAAAAGCAGACUCUACUCCUACGUAACAUUGACUCCACAAACUGUAUUAAAUGUGGAUUCCUAAUCACCAUGAGUGAGCCAGAGAGAUGAGGACUCACUUACCAGCUUGUCCUUUUCACCACCUCCCAAUGAUCAACCAAUGCGGCUUUUUGAGGUACAUGUUGAAUCAUCCUUUGAGUAGGUGUGAUCACAGUGGUUUGCCAUACAAUAGGAAGCCAGGGUAAGGUCCCAUAUAAUGCUCAUUUUCAAGCUCAUACUUUUAUUUGGUACUACUAGAAAAGGUUUACACAUGUUGGAGGUUUGCUGGUUUGCACAAACUGCACUGACAGCCUGUU